AUGAAUCAUAACAAUGACUAAGCUCUCAUUUAACUUAGCUAAUUUAAAAAUAAAUAAUAAUUACUUUAAAUUGAUAGAAUAAUACUAAAAGACUGUUUCAAAGGAUGGGAACACUUCAUAUUGCUUAAAGAUUUCUUACAGAAUGAAAAAAAUCAAAAUUUACAUUUCACAUUAAAAGCAUAUCUACAAAAUAAAUUUAAUAUAAGCUGUUUUGGACAUUAAUAAAAUGAAUAUAUUAUAGCAAUUGGCAAAAUCUAAACAUUUUUGACUUAAUUAUCUCAAAUAAAUUAUUAACUUUAAUAGAAGAAAAUUAUUAGAAAUUAAGAAUAGUAGGUGAAUAUGAAAGGAAUUUUAGGGAAAACAAUACUAAGAUUAAUGAGAGGCUAUCAUAAAUCGCAUACGAUUCAUAAAUAAAUCAGAUUAUUCUCAACUUAAAGGUAUAUAUCCUAAGAUUAACUCAAGGAAAUAAAAUUAUCAGAUAUAAUAACUUAAAUAGGAUAAAAUUAUAGAAUUCAAUCGCUGA